AUGGAUGAAGUGAAGGAUUUGGGUGACAACAUAGAAGAGAAACCCUAUGUUAUUAAUUGGGAUGGAGCCGUAAGGAUUGAGAAGGUUGUUGAUGAAACUGGAAGUAGAGAAAAGAAGGUCAACAAACGGAAGGUGAAAUCAAUUGAAAGAAAUGUGCAACUUGAGGCUAUGGAUGUAGAGCUUGACAUGAAGGAAACAGAUAAAUCAGGCCAAGUAAACAAGACUAACCUCGUUGGAUUGGUUAGAGAUGAUGGGAAGACUUUUGUUUUAAGCACGAAAGAAGAGCCAAAGUUUGAAGAAUCUGAAGAGAAACAUCGCACAGGGGAGUUUGAUAAAGAGAAGUUUGAGGGAUUUUUCAUCACUUUUCUUGGGCCACUAAUAUUAUACUUACACGGUUAG